AUGCAGAACCCCUCUGUCGAAGCUGCUCAGUGGCGGGGAUGCUUUGGUGCUUGGGUCGGUUUUGGUCGAAAUUCCUCCAGGUAUCGAGAAGGUGGAGACUUUCAGUCACCGGACUAUGAGCACUCCGACGAAGACUUUCUUCAUACCUGGAGGCACAAGAAGACGGGCAUCAUCGUCUGGAAAGAUGCCAUGGAUCUGUCCUCGAAGCCAAAUGCGAAGGUCUUCUUUCAUUACACUAGUGCGCUAGCCUUCCACAACAUCACUGCACUUGAGAAGGAGGCUGCUGAGGUCUUUGCUUCUUUAGUUACAGAGGGUCCACGCGCAAAUGCCUGGUGGGGCGCUGGGGUCUACAGCGUGCCCAAGCCCCCAGAUGAAUGGACCAACAGGCGCCAGCUCUUGGAUAACAACUUCAGGCGCAUGAUGCGCCGCGAUCUUGAGCAACAUGGUGAGUCAUACGUGGACGAGGAGUAUCCACCACGCGCUGGAUUUUGCAUCCCGCUUCUGAUCGAUCCCGAGAAUGUCUACGACGUUUCUGAACGAGCGACACCCGAAAUGCAAGCUGCUGGGAAGCUCCCUGGCAUCAACCUGGCCGACAAGCCCUUAAAUGAACCCGGGCAGCCGAAGCGCUGCUGUGUUGUCCUCCGGGUGCUGGGUGCGGACGGCGUAUCGAACGCCCAGCCCGACUGGUCGACGUCCUCCGAGUGCGCGAGGCUAAUGCGCAGACUCCUGAGAUCCAAGCUGAAGCGAAGAAACGCUUGGGCGAGGCCCUGCAGUGCCGGGGACAGUUGGCCGAAGCCGAGCCGCUCCUGCGCGCAGCGUUGGAAGAUUCGGAGCGGCGACUUGGUGCCGAGCACCGAAACACGCUGA